UGUCUCUCUCUCACCCGGAGAGGGAAGUUGGGGUUGGGCUGAGGGAAUCGAGAUGACAGUUUGCUGAGAAACACUGACCUCAGAGGAUCCAGCUGCUCGUGCUCCUGUCUCCAAGAAUCCCAUUCACAGAACAACAUGAACUUCCCAUUUCAGGGAGAACAGCCAUGGAGGACCAAUUCCAGGGAGAGCUGUCAUUGCUGGGGCACUGGGGAAGUUUCAGGGGGUGUCCAUAUUGCUGACUGGGUGCAGUUACUCCAGGAUAUAAAGCAGGAGGUGACAGCUCCCUCAUCAGCCACACUCCCUCUUCAACACUGAACACUCCCAAGGUGAGCCGGGCCAGGAUGAGGACAGCACUGUGUGUAGCUGCCGUUGUGGUAGGAGCACUGGCAAUCUGCUUGAUCCAGGAUGGUGUGGCUGCAGCUCCAGCUGGCUCUGUGAUUAUCGAUUGCUGUGAGAACUUUAAGACCACUCGCAUUCCUCAUAAACGGCUCGUAAACUUCACCAGGACAGUUGGCUGCUCCACCCCCUCCAUCAUCUUCACAAAUAGGAGGAAGAUGAGAAUUUGUACGAGAGCGAGUGAGAAAUGGGUUCAAGAUGCAGUGGCAUUUCUGGAGAAGAAACUGGGGAUUGGAAGAGAAGAACCCUUUGAAAGCACAAUCUUUCAAUCCACUGGAAACACAUGGAGUGUUGGACUGACUGGUGUUACACUGGGGGACAGGCAGAAUGGAGAAGGUGGAUCCACAACCUGAUUCCCUGAUCACUUGCAAUAUUCCUGUUGCUGUGCUCAUUAACAUGAAAGACUGUGAAUGGUAACUAACUCACUUUCCCUGUGUGUGGCCCAAUCAUCAAACUAGUGAAGAUUGCUAAUGGAACAGGGGAAAUAUGACUGGACACCAGUGGGACAGAUAGAGGGAAUAGUCAGUCUGACACUGGACAAGAUUCCAGCAACUGUCUGGCUGAUCCCAGGAUCAUCCCAGAGUGUGGAUCUCAGCACAGGGGCGGGUGUGUGGGUCAGUCACUGGAGGUGGCAGUAGGGGUCAGUGUUUUAUGCUGGGGAUGUGGACAUACACUGGGAGUAGGUAGAUGUCUUAUGGCAGGAUAUAAGUCUGACUCUGGGAAUGUGGUUGUGAGUCAAACAUUGGGGGUGGGGAUUAUAGAUGGGUCUCUGGAGGCUGGCGUGGAUCAGUGUCCAGGGAAUUUGAGUUGGGCCAGUAAAGAGUCCCUACAGUGUGGAAACAGGCCAUUCAGCCCAACAAGUUUGUGGGCGGCACGGUGGCACAGUGGUU